AUGGUGGGUAAAAUUAACGACCAGGUUUUCACUGCUAGCGGACAUUCAAAUAGAUCUACAAAAUUUCCUAUGGUUAAGGAUGGAUCUAAACCAAAAAGAUAUUUCCCAUUUAAUCAAGGUUACCUGUCUGUCGUGACACUAAGAAUGGGAUCAGAGGGAAUCCAGUCAACUGUUGAUGGAAAGCACAUCACAUCCUUUGCUUUACGUGGAACUUUGGAGCCAUGGCUUGUUAGUGAAGUAAGGAUUUCAGGAGAUAUCAAAUUAAUUUCUGUCGUAGCCAGUGGAUUACCAACGCCAGAGGAUUUAGAGCAUAUAACCGACUUAGAAGGUCUUAAGUCAGCUCCACUCCUUCCUCAAAGGCACCUGAGUCUCUUCAUUGGCAUUAUCUCUACUGCAAACAAUUUUAAACGCAGAAUGGCUGUUCGAAGAACAUGGAUGCAAUAUGCUGCUGUGCGGUCGAGACAAGUUGCAGUGCGCUUUUUUGUUGGUUUGGUGAGUUUUGCAUGUGAAUUCCUUUGUUAUGACCCAGUCAAUUUUUGUUUUGGUGAUGCUUCUUCCCCUUUCUCUAAGUACUAA